AUUUUGUAAACAAGUGGUGAGCCACAUGACACACUCGAAGAAAUUCGCUAUCCGCAUCGGAACGUUUUCAUACUGAAACUAUUUAAUCGUUUACAUAUCGCGCUAUAUACAUUUCAUUUUUGUAGUUUAGUCAUUGUUUAGUGCGCGUUAGGAUUAGAUACGUUGAAUAAGUAAAUUUCGCACUGCUACCAUAUCAUGACUUCUGGGAAUAACAGUAAUGAAAAAGUAUUGCAGUAUGAAACUUUUAUUAAUGACGUAUUGAGGAGAGACUUACAGAGUGUGUUGGAGCAAAGAGAUGGUGUGUAUGAAAAAAUAGCACAAUACCUGCAGCUCAAGAAUACGAUUAAAAGUAUUCAGGAAGCUGACAGCAAAGAACUCAAAACAGAUGUUGACCUUGGAUGCAAUUUCUACGUACAGGCUCAUGUACCUGAUACAUCAAAAAUACAUGUGGCAGUUGGAUAUGGAUUCUUUGUCGAGUUCACACAUGCUGAGGCUUUGAAGUUCAUAGAAAAGAAGACGAAUCAGCUCACAGAGUAUACUGAAGUUCUUACCAAAGACGCAGCAAAAAUAAAGGCCAAUAUUCGCAUGGUUCUGGAGGGAUUAAGGGAGUUGCAAGACCUGAAGGAUCUUCCGGAGACCAGUCGCAGAGAAGUUUUUUAGUAUAUUACUAAUAAAAAUAUAUAGUGGCUUCUUUUUUUUUCUCGCACUUAUGACUAUCAUCAUGUUUGUUUCAAACUAUGUAAACAAUCUAGUUCAGAGGAACUUUGCCUUUUAACAGGUUAUACUGUUGUUUUGCAAAAUUAGCUGAAUAAAAUUGCAAUAUUUUCAGAACAUCUUUUGGUGCAUUUUGGUGAUGAUUUAAUGACUAAAACAAAUUCAAGAGUUUCACAUAAAUAUGAAAAUGUUGAAAAUAUCUACAGCAAGAAAGAAUUACUAAAUUGUUGCUCUUCUGUCCUAAAUAUAUACUGUUAUAUAGUAUUAUGGGACUGGAUCAAUUGUUUGCAAAAAUUGUAUAUAUUUAAUGAUGCAUCAUGUUUAUUACGUGUGUAAUAAUGUUUAGAAUUAUAUAUUACUGCUUGUAAUUUACAGUCUAAGACAGUCAUGCAAUAUCUAGCUUUUAAAUAAGAGUUUAAUACAGUCAUCAUUCGUUUCAGUACACGGAGAACCACAACCACAAGAAUGUUGAAUACCUACACCUAUUUGUAGAUCUUUUAGUACAAAAUGUUGAGAAAACUUGAAAAUAUGCAGUUGUAGACAAUGUGUUAGCAUAAAAUGAAUCAGUAUACUUUAUUGUAUUACGUCUGCGUAUAGAAUAGCAUAAGCUGUAUGUGUCAGUAUGAUGUUUGUAAAAUGGUCCUAGACCCGUUUUAAUUAAUUAAUUAAUUGGACGAUUAUUAAUUGCACUGCUAUUUCGGCUAUUCUAAUUGAAGACGGUUGUUCAUUUUAAGUUUCUGCAGUAUCCGUGUGACGGCUACCCUGUCACACUAGUAACAGUUGCCAUGGAAACUGGAUGUUGAAUUGUGGCAGCGUUAGACUUGCUUCCUGAAAUAGAUUAUUUUUCUUUGUACAAAGACUCACUGCCGCAUUUCAGCACAAUGACACAAUGCAAUCAUAAUGUGACGUUGUCAGCACUGGAUCUCGAAUUACAGAUCGUGGUUUUAAAGUUUAAACAUGAAUAAGAAAUCAUUUUAA